ACUGUGAGCGGCUGUCUGCUCCGGUCAUGCCGGGAGAGGAGAGCGUUUCCCCGCUGAAGAACUUCUUGGCUGGCGGAGUCGGUGGAGCCUGUCUGCUGCUGGCGGGACAUCCGCUGGACACCAUCAAGGUGAGACUUCAGACGCAGCCCAAAGCUUCAUGCCCUCAGUAUGUCCUCUACACAGGAACAUAUGACUGCUUUCGCAAGACCGUGUCGAAAGAGGGCCUCUUGGGUCUGUAUAAAGGGAUGGGGGCCCCUCUGGCAGGUGUGGCUCCUAUGAUGGCGAUCAGUUUCUUUGGUUUUGGUCUCGGGAAACAGCUGCAGCAGAGAGAUGCUGCUACACCUCUGACGUACACUCAGGUCUUCCUGGCAGGCUGUCUGGCUGGAGUCUUCACUACAGUCAUCGUGGCUCCAGGAGAGAGGAUUAAAUGUUUGCUGCAGGUGCAGGCUGGCAGCGGACAGUCAAAGUACUCGGGUCCGGUGGACUGUGCGGUGCGGCUGUACCGGGAGCAGGGCCUCCGCAGCGUCUACAAAGGAACUCUGCUCACUCUCAUCAGAGACGUUCCUUCUAAUGGACUCUACUUCCUGACAUAUCAAUACCUCAAACACUUCCUGACGCCCGAGGGUCAAAGCGUGUCUCAGCUCAGCACUCCCAACAUCCUGCUGGCUGGAGGCAUCGCAGGAAUCCUGAACUGGACCAUCGCUCUUCCUCCCGAUGUCCUCAAAUCCAACUUCCAGACAGCUGCUGAUGGGAAGUAUUCAGGUCUAGCAGACGUUGUGAGGACCUUGCUGAGAGAAGAAGGAGCUGCAGGUCUCUAUAAAGGAUUCAAUGCCGUGUUUCUACGAGCGUUUCCUGCUAAUGCUGCCUGUUUCUUGGGGUUCGAGCUGGCGUUAAAGGGACUGAACUGGCUCGCUCCCAGCUGGUAAAAUACAUCAGUAACUGGUUUCCAGUGUGAAGCUUCUCCUCUGACUGGCUGCUCACCUUCAGGGUGCUCCGGUGUUUUACAUGAAUUGUUAUAAACAUC